CUUCCCACCAAUCCCAGCAUCCUCCUCUUGUUCUUUGAGUUUCUUGAAUUCUUCAAGUUUCCUUUCUGUUCUUGGGCUAUUUUCUUGAUCCUGUUUGUUUUGAGAGAAAGGGAAAGAAAAAGAAUGAUGAUGGGGGAGUCAUAUGAAGAAGGGUGUGAUUACUUGUAUAAAGCAGUUCUAAUUGGGGAUUCUGCAGUUGGGAAAUCAAAUCUUCUAUCAAGAUUUUCAAAAGAUGAAUUCAGAUUAGAUUCAAAGCCAACUAUAGGGGUGGAAUUUGCUUACAAGAAUAUUAGAGUUGGUGAUAAGCUCAUCAAAGCUCAAAUUUGGGACACUGCUGGCCAAGAAAGGUUUAGAGCAAUAACAAGUUCAUACUAUAGAGGAGCAUUAGGUGCAUUAUUAGUGUAUGACAUAACAAGAAGAUCAACAUUUGAGAAUGUGGGGAAAUGGUUGAAUGAAAUAAAAGAAUUUGGGAAAGCAGAUAUGGUGAUUGUUCUUGUUGGGAAUAAAUCUGAUUUGGGAAAUUCAAGGCAAAUUGGUGAAGAAGAAGCCAUGAAUUUUGCAGAAGCUCAAGGUUUAUGUUUCAUGGAAACUUCAGCUUUGGAGAAGAAGAAUGUUGAUGAAGCAUUUUUAGAAAUGAUUUUUAAAAUCCAUGAAAUUACAACUCAGAAAAGUUUACAAGCUAAAAAUAAUAUUGAAAAUAAUAAUAAUAAUAAUAUUAUUAGUAGCAGUGAUCUUAAAAUGGCAAUUCCUGUUGGAAAACAAAUAAUCAGUAUUGAUGAAGUAACUGUAAAUAACCAACCAAGGUGUUGUACUUAGGCAAUUUGAGGAUUUUUUUUUUGUUUGAAUUAUUUUUCUGAAUUAUUCUUAGAAGUUGAUGGUGAUUUCUUCUUG